UUUAUAGACGUCUUUUCUAAAGAAGGGGCUAGAUUACUACCUAUAAUUAAUAGCCUUACUUAUAUAAUAGACCUUAAAGGAGACGCGGUACUACUAUAUAGCCGAAUCUACCUGCUUAUAGAGGUCGAGCUAGGUGUCUUACGUAAAUAUUUAGACGACGCCCUAGUAAAAGGAUAG